AUGCGCUCGGCGGGCUGCCGUGACUGGAGCGAGGUUUGGCGGGACAGUUUUCUAAACAAAUGCUAUUUUUUUUUGGUCUGUGUGUUUUUUUUCCUUUCACUAUUACAGAUCGAAACUACUGAUUCAAAGAAUAAUGUGCUGGUGUUCUUCAAGCUGCGACCUGAUGUAAUUACAGAAGAUAAUCUUCAUAGUAAUAUCCUUGUGUCAUCUAUGCUGGAUUCACCAAUUAACAGCCUUUAUCAAGCUGUUCGACAAGUUUUUGCACCAGUAUUGCUAAAGGAUGAAAAAUGGAGUAAAACAUUGGAUCCCAAACUCCAGAAACUUCUAAGCGAGCUCGAAGCAGGUUUGAGUACCGUGCUCAGAAGAUCAGAUCCUAAUUGUAUAGGAACAGAAUUCACUGAAAAUGAUGUGCAAGCUAUCCUUACACCAACAGAUGAAUUUCAGUUCUGGAAAGAAUGUGCUCAGCAUGGAAAUAAAUUGCGUGGUAAAGAGAGAGCUUCUCAUUUCAAAGACCUAUUUGAGGACCUUGCAAAACAUUAUUACAACUUAGAUAGUUUCUCAUUACUUGAAGUUGUGGAUUUAGUGGAAACUACCAAGGAUACUGUUGAUAAUGUAUGGAGGCAAACAGAACAUGAUCCUUAUCCACAGCCACGCAUGUAUAAUCUCCUGGAUGUAAUAGGUAGCUGUCUGGGUAGAUUUGUUCAGAGAAAAUUAACAACUUUGAAUCUGUGGGAGGAUGCUUUUCACAUUGUUAAAGAAAAUAUAAAGGCUGGCAUCUUAAUUUGUGAGCAGUGGGUGUCAGCUUGUGAGUACUUAACUGGACAGCUAUGGCAACGUUAUACUCUGCAUCAGUGGAAAAAUGAGAAGUAUAUCCCUGAAUCAUUAACUGAACUCUGCAAACGUCUUGAUGAGGUGUUAACAGUUAGAACACUGCAUGAAAAACUGACUUAUUUUUUGCCAUCUGGAGAACAAAAUGAUCUACACCUUGCUCAGGUGUUUGAGCCCUUUGCUGGCCUAAAUCCUGUACACUGCAAUCCUUACACAGAGCCAUUAUGGAAAGCUGCUGUCUCUCAAUUUGAAAGAAUUAUUGCACCAGCAGAACAAAAAAUGGCAAUCAAACUGAAGAAAUUUAUUUCAGAAAUUCAAGACAGUCCUCAACAGCUUAUUCAAACAUUUCAGAAAUAUAAGGAACUGAUAAAGCAUCCAAAUACAAGCAAAGAACUGCUUUUUGAAAGGGAAACAUUGCUAGCAAGACUUCAAGAUUAUGUCAAAGACUAUCAGACAGACUUUGAAACUCGAUGCCAUGGUGCUCCUGGUGAUGUUUCUGGACCUCUGUCCGGCAAAAAUCUUUCUGAAGUUGUCAAUAACAUCGUAUGGGUACGGCAUCUGGAGAUGAAGGUGGAUGAUGCUAUAAAGCUGGCAGAGGCUCUUCUGUCUGACUUGUCCGGGUUUCAAACUUUUCACCGGAGUGCGGGUUCCUUUUUGGAGCAGUUAAAAGUAUAUGAACAAGAACAAUUUGAUGAUUGGUCUAGGAAUAUCCAGUCAGAAGUAUCAAAUCCCAAAUCAGGACUUUGCAUCCAAGCUAAUAGUCCAGUAAUGGAGUUGGAUCACGUUUUUGGAACAUUAAAUAUACUUUAUUCAGACCGUUUGGUGACUCUCCUAAGAGAAGUACGUCAACUGUCAGCACUUGGUUUUGUUAUACCAGCUAAAAUACAGCACGUUGCAAACACUGCACAGAAGUUCUCUAAGCAAGCAGUCAUCCUCAAACAGGUCGCACAUUUUUAUAAUUCUAUUGAUCAGCAAAUGAUUGAGAGUCAGAAGCCAAUGAUGUUACAGUCUGCCCUAGCAUUUGAACAGAUAAUUAAGCAUUCAAAGUCUGGUCCUGGAGGAAAUGCUCAAAUAACAUGGGAUAAUCCCAGGGAAUUGGAAGCUUACAUCCAAAAACUCCAAGCUGCUGCUGAACGACUUUCCACUGAAAACAGAAAACUAAGGAAGUGGCACACAAACUUCAUUGAAAAGGUUAUAUCUCUUAUGAAUAUUGAUCUACUUCGGCAGCAGCAGCGUUGGAGAGAUGGACUCCAGGAGCUCAGAACUGGUUUUGCCAGCCUCGAGUCACAGGGCUUCAAAUCAAGUGAUAUGAAGGCUUGGAGACAACACUGGAAUCAUCAACUUUACAAAGCUCUGGAGCAUCAGUAUCAAAUAGGUUUAGAAGCACUUAAUGAGAAUUUACCAGAAAUAAAUAUUGAUUUAACAUUCAAGCAAGGCCGGUUGCAAUUCAGACCUCCUUUUGAAGAAGUACGAGCUAGAUAUUACAGAGAAAUGAAGAGAUUCAUUUCCAUUCCAAAUCAGUUUAGGGGAGUAAGUGAAACAGAGGAAGAGUCUAUCUUCACUGUUAUGACUGAGAGAAAUGCAAAUGGAUUUUUGACUGCUUUUAGUAAAGCAGAAGAUUUGUUCAGAAGGCUGGCAGAAGUUUGUAAUCAAUUCAAGGAAUGGAUUGUAAUUGGCCAAGUAGAUAUGGAAACUCUGGCAAAGAUGCACCUUUCCAGCAAACAGGACUGGGAAAAAAACUUCAAAGCAUUAAAAGUGAGAGGCAAAGAAGCAGAACGUCUUCCCAGCACCAUCAAAAUAGAUUGCAUAACUGUUAACUGCAACCCUGUGAAAACUGCAAUUGAUGAUUUUAUCCAGAAGUUGUAUGAUGUUCUUGUCAUUUCUUUGAGAAAAUCUAUACAAGCUCACUUGUCUGAUGUUUCUUCAUUUCUUAAUGAUGCCAUGGAAGCAUUAGUUGUUAGACCCCAAACUGUAGAAGAAAUAUCAGAAGACAAUUUAAAAUAUUUAAGUCUACAUGAGCAAAAAGGAGAGAUUUUUCUCCUGUUUCAAGAAGCUGAGGAUAAAAACAAACUUCUGCGAACUGUGGCUGGUGCGGGUUUGGACACAAUCAGCAACCUGAGAGCUACGUGGGAUAAAUUCGAAUUAAUGAUGGAAAGCCACCAGCUUAUGAUAAUAGAGCAGAUUGAAGUGAUGAAGGGAAAUGUGAUGUCACGUAUUAACAUAUAUCUUCAAGACCUGGAAAAAUUUAAAGCUCAUUGGGAUCAGCUGAAGCCAAGUGAUGAUGUAAUUGAAACAGGUGAUCAAGAUGUGCUUGAGAAAAGUGCUCAGAUCAUAAAGGAAAAAAAAGAAGAAUUUGAUGAACUUGAAACCAUGAAGGAAAAACUCAUUGAAGAAUGCCAUCAUUUUAAAUUGGAGCAGCCUGACUUCUCAUUGUCAAAAGUUGUAUCUCAAGAUAUUAAGAGUUGUGCAGAAGUCUGGGCAUUGUAUGAAGAAUUUUAUCAAGGUUUUCAGGAGAAAGCCAAAGAAGACUGGAUUACUUUUAGGAGUAAAACAUACCUAUUUGAAGAAUUUUUGUUUAACUGGCAUGAUAAAAUUAGGAAGAUGGAAGGACACACUGUAAUGACAGUAAAGUUGCAAAAAGAAGUGGACAAAUACAAAGUAAGAUGCUACUUAUAG